AUGGAGAACGACAGUCAGAGCAGAGGAACAGACCUAGAAGAAGACAUUUGUGCAAUAACAGGGAAUGUGGAAAAAAUGAGCAUUGAAAAUAACAACCUGCCACAAGAUCUACAACCCCUGCCAAUAGAACUUGUUGUAAAUAACAAUAGUAUUAAUGAUUCUCAUGAAGACACAUGUACAGCUACUCUGACAUCAGUACAUGGCAGGGAGAAACACCAUCAAGAGUAUAAGAGUCAGAAAACAGAGACAGGUUUGAUGCAACCCAAGGAAGAAGAUGGAAAUUGUAAUGUCAGUGAAGACGUAUAUUUACAUGUGGCAGAAUCAUCAAGUAAUGAAAAUGACUCUAGUAUAUGCUGUGAUGACCAACAGAUAACAUCACAACAAUCUUAUAACCAUUCUGUACAAAGUGAGCAAGAAGGUGGUGAUACCGAAUACAGGGAAUCUCAACAUAUAACGUUACAUGCUUAUAUGGAUCCUGGUUCUGACAAUGAGUUACCUGGAUAUUCUGAUGACAUUGAUAGACAAGAUACUGCAGAUGAUCUCACGGGUGCUGUAGAUUCUACAGAAGAAAGUCACCAUUCAGACUUUAGGAAUGUACUGUUGCCGUGCCAACUGAAAUCUGAUGAAUCUCAUGAAGGUCAAGUAAGCCAUGAGGAUGGAUAUCAAGGUCAAUAUGAUGAUGUCAUAAGCGAGGAGUCGCUGCUAGAAUCGGCAGCCAUGUUACAGAGCCAUGUGGUGAUGUUGGAUGACCCUGUCAGCCCGGGAGCUACCAUGUCUGUUGAGGGGGGAGAAGGACGGCAGUCUGCAGACAUGUUCAGGAAUGUGAUGCUGAGUCAGGUGCAGCAACAGCUGGAAGAUCUGGACAGAGAGCUGAAGAUGCACCUGGUCAAGUCAGAGCAAUGUCUGCUGCUACACAGGAGCAAGUUGAGCAGCUACAUGGAGCAGGCAGAAACAGUCUUCAGCAGUGAUGACACAGCAGGCAUGGAGGGGGCAGCCUGUGGACAACAGGAAAAGAGCUGGUUGCUGCCUCUUAGCGAAGGCAACCAGUGGCUGAAGGACUUUGCGGACAGUGACUCAGACAGUUCACAUCAGGAAGACGAGGAGAGAGAAGACUCUCCUGCAGCUGGCAGCUACUGGAGGGAGGAGCUGGUGUUUGCAAACAAGAUCCAGGAGCUGGAGAAGGCCGUGGAGGAGAGCAUCGCGGCCAUCAGCCCUCCAGAGGCUGCGGAUGAGGAGGAAUCUGGUGAGGAUGUCAUCACCAGGUUUCGGCACCUCCCGGCAGAACUGGUGCUCCGCAUCCUGUCGUACCUUACGCCGCGGGAGCUGUGUGGUCGCGUGGCGACCGUGUGUCGGGCCUGGUACCGCCACGCGCACGACCCCCUUCUUUGGCAGGAGCUGGAUCUGGACUUCAACCACGACGUCCGGGCCGUGGACCUGUGUGCCGCCAUCAGGAGAGCCCCCUUGCUGAAGGUGUUGGUCAUGCGGGGAAGGAACGAGCUGACUAUCACAGAAGUGUCUGUCUUUGUUAAAUACUGUGGAAUGCUGCAGCACUUGGACAUGGGAUUCUGCAAGGUCCUGGAUCUGACCAUGCUGCACAUCAUUGUGGACAACUGUCCACAGCUGGAGCUGGUGAAUGUGGAGGGAUGUGACAGCAUUAGGGACAGCUGUCUCAUGGUGCUGUCCAGACUGUCCAAACUCAAGGUCCUCAACCUGUCCCACUGCACCAGUGUAACAGAUGACGGUGUUAGCCACCUGGUCAGACACUGCCCAGGACUGACCUCCCUCAACAUUGAUGGUAUCGCAUGGAUAACAGACAGUGCUGUGAAAGAUCUUGCUGCCUGCUGUCCAUCUAUGAGACAGCUGUACCUAGAUGGAGAUGAGCUGACCGAUGCCAGCAUCGCUGCUGUUACUGACAGCUGCUCACAGCUGGAGCUGCUGGACAUCUCCUUCUGCGAGGGGGUCACGGAUUACUCCGUACAGAAUAUUCCAAGGCUGCAGCACCUGAGGCACCUGCGACUGAAGCGUGGCUUUCAGCUGUCCACAGCUGUCAUGCUGCACCUGUUCCGGAGCGAGACCCUCGGCGGGCUGACAUACCUGAACCUGACCGAGUGUACGGCUGUCAACAACGGGGUGGUUGGAAGGAUCGCCAAAUGUUGUCUGGCCCUGAGAGAGCUGCACCUAUGUUGGUGUUGGGACAUCACUGAGGAGGGACUGGAACAUAUCAUUAACAACCUCAGCAAUCUGCACCACCUGGACCUGACAGGACUAGACAAGAUCACCGGCGCCUGUCUGACCAAAGUUCCCUCCGCCCUCCCUCACCUCACCUUCCUGAACUUACAGCAGUGCAAUACGGUACAGGACGAGGUUUUGUCCACACUGGUAGCCAUGGUAACGGACCUCACAAUAGUGGAUUACUAUGGCAACGACGUGCCACCUCUGAUGACUCGUUAUCCAUGAGCAGGAACAACUACUGUCAAUCAUUGUAUUAUCGCAGUUUUCACAGUGACCUCACCGCCA